AUGAGGAGGAGUUUGCCGGCCCACAUCGUUCACCUCUACGACACCGAGGCCCUUUCGAAGCCAAGUCCCCGCGAGUUCAGGACGCAGGUGAUCAACCAGCUGUUCACGAAGUUGAAGAACGGCAGAUACUCGUUGAAUGCGGAGAAACCUAUGUUUCAAGAGGCCAAGAAGCUCUACGAGCGCAAAUACGGCAAGGAUUCCGAGACCGGAUUGCCGAAGAGCGUGUUGAAAGGGCUCUACUUUCAGAACUCGGAGAGCGCCUUUCAAGAGGCCAUUAGCAGUGGCGAUGUGUACGUCAUGAACUCCGAGGAUGGUGUGGAGUUCUUCGGCUUUCGCAAGAUCGAAGCUGGGCGCGAGAGGCGACUUGUUGGAGCAGCUGAAUUGGAGCUUAAUUGGAAGAAGACGGACGCGAAGUCCAUGGUCGAAGGAGAGAAGCUUCCUGAGUCAGUUCUGAAGCUGCUCACACAGGCCAUCACCAGUGAGACCAAGCUGUCGGGCGAUGCUUUCAAGCUUCUCAAGAAGAUUGGCGACGAUGGCGGCGCAGACUACAAGGGUUUGAAGCUCCUGUACACCGAGAGCCAGACGCAUUUGUCUGACCUGAAGCACAUCAAGGACUUCAAGGAGUUUCCUGGCGAGAAGGACCCCCCUCUGACCAAGGAAGCCUUCGAUUUGCGCAUGAAGAAGGCAUUGAUGUCUAUUUUGGAUAUAAAUUUUGGGUGUGGGUCAACAAGUUAA